AUGAUGAUGGAGAAAAUGAUAAAGCAUCAAGAAUUGGCCAACAAGAACCAUGAAGCUUCACUAAGGAAUAUGGAAAGACAAAUUGGACAAUUGUCCAAGCAAACAGCUGCUGAAAGACCAACCAAUUCACUACCAAGUGACACCAUUCCCAACCCCAAGGAAGAAUAUAAAUCAAUUCAACUCAGGAGUAGAAGGACAUUGGAGAAUGAAAAGGCUAACAGCAAGAAAGAAGAGGAAGUUGAAGAGAAGGAUCAAGAGCAUUCCAAGAAGAAAGAGGAUGAACCACAAGCUUCAAAGAAAGGAAAACAAGUCAAGGAAGAGCAAUCACAAUUAGAUAAGAAGGUGGUGAAGCCAUACACGCCUCCUCUGCCAUACCCUCAAAGAUUGCAAAGAGAGCUCAAAGACCAACAACUUUUCAAGUUUCUAGAGGUUUUCAAGAAGCUAGAAAUCAAUCUUCCACUUGCUGAAGCAUUGGAGCAAAUGCCUUUGUUUUCCAAAUUCCUCAAGGAGCUAAUCAACAAAAAGAGAAGAUGGAAUGAAAAAGAAACUGUGAUCCUGACUCAAGAGUGUAGUGCUGUGAUUCAGAAAGGACUACCGCCAAAACUCAAGGAUCCUAGAAGUUUAUUUCUACCAUGA